CUCCUGGGCCCGCUGGAAGACCUGGCCUCCCGGGGGACAAAGGUGCCAUCGGGAUGCCUGGACGUGUGGGCGUAAAGGGCCAACCAGGCGAGAAGGGGGCCCCAGGAGAUGCCGGCAUGUCCAUCAUCGGUCCCCGCGGCCCCCCUGGUCAGCCAGGCACUCGAGGUUUUCCUGGAUUUCCGGGUCCCAUUGGGCUAGACGGCAAACCGGGCCACCCCGGACCCAAAGGGGAGAUGGGCCCGAGGGGUCCCCCAGGACAGCCGGGACCUCAAGGACAAAAAGGAGAAAAGGGUCAGUGUGGAGAGUACCCACACCGGGGUGAACAGGGUCAGGCCGGCAUCCAAGGCCCACCAGGGCCACCAGGACCUCCUGGACCGAGUGGACCUCUGGGGCACCCAGGACUGCCAGGGCCCAUGGGGCCGCCCGGCUUACCUGGGCCUCCUGGACCGAAGGGAGACCCAGGGAUCCAGGGCUACCAUGGCCGGAAGGGAGAACGGGGCAUGCCAGGGAUGCCGGGCAAACAAGGAGCGAAGGGGGCUCCUGGAAUCGCCGUGGCUGGGACGAAGGGUGAGCCAGGGACCCCAGGAGCCAAGGGAGAGAAAGGUGAUGCUGGCAACUCCAUUGGAGGAGGCAGAGGGGAGCCCGGCCCCCCAGGGCUCCCUGGGCCCCCAGGGCCAAAGGGAGAGGCUGGUGUCGACGGCCAGACCGGGCCCCCAGGACAGCAAGGAGACAAGGGGGAGCCUGGAGCAGUUGGAGCGCAGGGGCCAGCUGGCCCCAAGGGCUCCAAGGGAGAACCGGGGAAAGAGAUGGUGGAUUACAAUGGAAACAUCAACGAGGCUCUCCAGGAGAUCCGAACGCUGGCCUUGAUGGGGCCCCCUGGUCUUCCCGGGCAAAUCGGCCCACCCGGAGCUCCAGGGAUCCCAGGCCAGAAGGGGGAGAUUGGACUGCCAGGCCCUCCAGGACACGAUGGGGAAAAGGGACCACGAGGCAAACCAGGAGACGCAGGCCCCCCUGGUCCCCAAGGCCCUCCAGGGAAAGCUGGGCCUGCAGGAAUGAAGGGAGAAGACGGACACCCGGGGAGCCCAGGAGAGAAGGGGGAGAAAGGGGAGCCAGGGCAGGCAGGCCCACCGGGUCUAGACGGCCCAACUGGGGAGAAAGGAGAGACAGGCAGCCAAGGGAGACCUGGAACGACAGGAUUGCCUGGCCCCAUCGGGCUCCCGGGAUUUACAGGAGAGAAAGGAGAACGCGGGGAGAAGGGUGACCCAGGAGUGGAGGUUUCUGGGCCACCAGGGCCAGAGGGGCCUCCCGGACCUCCGGGGCUCCAAGGUGUUCCUGGACCAAAGGGGGAAGCAGGACUAGAUGGAGCAAAAGGAGAGAAGGGUGUCCAGGGAGAAAAAGGAGACCGAGGUCCUCUGGGAUUACCCGGUACUCCAGGACCAAUUGGAGUUCCAGGCCCAGCGGGACCAAAGGGCGAGAGGGGCAGCAAAGGUGACCCUGGAAUGACAGGACCAACGGGAGCAGCUGGGCUUCCUGGUUUACAUGGACCACCCGGGGACAAAGGAAACCGGGGGGAGAGGGGGAAGAAAGGCUCCAGAGGGCCUAAGGGGGAUAAGGGAGACCAAGGAGCGCCUGGACUAGAUGCCCCCUGUCCAUUGGGUGAAGACGGCUUACCCGUCCAGGGCUGCUGGAACAAGUGAUGCCUCUAACCUGGGAUUGGCCUGUGUGUGUGUUUGUACAUAGAAUAUUUAUUUUUAUACAGUUUUCACUUUUUGAAAAUGCCAGAAGUAUGAUGCAUCUUACAGAUUAUUAAAAAGGAAAAACCUGCCUAUUUUGUACAGAAAAUACCAACCUCUUCCCUUUUGUUUACAAGACGUUUUGUAUAAGUCUACGACUCUAAUACACUUUUGUUUAUGACUAUGGUCAUGUUUGCAUGAUAUUUGUGCACACUUAUUAGGUAUUGAAGCUUAAUAAAUUAUUGUUCCGGUGCCAAAGGGGGCCAACCAGCACUGAGGGGCUGGCUAGCUUAUGUGUGAUUUCAUAGAAACGUGGAAGUCCGCGGUGUUUGCCAAGCUAGGUAUGUCUAAGAAUAUUUUAAACUCUUAUGGAUUUUCAUUAUUAAAAAAGAAAUGAAA